AUAAAUCAUACUGCGUUUGUUGUAUUAUAAAAGACCUGCACAUACAUAAUAUUGUCAUUUCUUUAAUACAUCAACAUGGAAAGUGAAUGGAUGUGCAGUGUUUGUACUUUAAUGAAUAAUGCAUCUAAUCGUACAUGUGAGGUUUGUUUGAACACAAAACCAUCAUCUGCAGACACUUGGUCAAUGCCUCAACAGAAUACUGCUUCCAGUGAAUGGAGCUGUCCUGUAUGCACAUACACAAACAACGGUGAAGAUCUGAUCUGCGGGAUAUGUAAUAGUUCACGUGACGCUAGAGCUACAGAACCAGUAAAUAUCCCUGAUUAUUUGAACAGAGAUGCAAAUGAGAGACCAAAGUUCAGUGGAGUUAAGGAAUCAAAUGAACUGCGAAUUGUAAUUAUUGGAAAAACCGGGACAGGUAAAAGCGCCACCGGAAAUACAAUCUUAGGCAGACGAGAGUUUGAAUCUAAAGUAUGCGGAGCCUCUAUAACAAACAAAUGCCAGCUUGGAAUGAACACCAGAUUCGGACGCAAAGUUGUGGUUGUGGAUACUCCUGGACUAUAUGAUACAGGGAUGACAAACGAGCAAGUUACCAAGGAAAUAGUAAAAUGUAUUGGGAUGACUGCACCAGGACCACAUGCUAUUCUGCUGACGGUAAACGUUGGUCGAUUUACAAAGGAAGAACAAGAUACUGUUAAACAUUUCGUUGAUCAUUUUGGAACUGGUAUGUACAAUUACCUCAUGGUUGUUUUUACAAGAGCAGAUGAUCUUGCAGACGAUAAUGUAGACAUAAGGGAGUAUGUCCAAAAUUGUCCCCAGUCACUUCAGGCAAUUCUCAAACUUUGUGACCACCGAUAUAUCCCUUUUAACAAUAAACUUUCUGGUUACAGCCAAGAGCAGCAAGUUAAAAAUUUGAUAGGCAGCGUGGACGAUGUUGUACGGAAACAUGGGGGUUUUUGCUAUACUAAUGAAAUGUAUGAAGAAGCCGAAAAAACACUGCAAAGACGUGAAGAUGAAGUAAAGAGACAGUUGAAGGAAGAAGAACGACGAAAAGUAGAAACUCUUCAUCGCCAUCUUCAAACGGAAUUUGAUGAAAAGUUUGCGUUGGCGAAUGAGGAAAAAGAAACGCUUGCAAAAGAAAUAAGGAAAAUCGAAUUGGAAAAACAGACAGCAGAAUCUCGGGAAGCAGAGACAAGAGAUCAAAUAAAUGCGUUGAAAAAUGAGUUGAAAGAUUGUAAGCAACAAGAAGAAAACCGAAACAAAGAACAAGAAGAAAGGCUAGAAAGAAAGCUACAUGAAAUGGAAAGGAAACAAGCCGAGCAAUUACAAAUGCAAACCAAUAAAGCAAACGAAGACCGAAUAACACAACUACAGAAACAAAUGGAAGACAACGAGCGCAGACAAGAACAACAGAUAGAGGAUUUGAGAAAGGAAAACGAACAGAAAGUGCGUGAUGUUGAAGCAAGCUAUCGGAAGCAACAGAAAUCUUUACGUGAUACCUCUAGAAAAGGGAUCGAAAAGGAAGGGGAUGUAUUUUCCCAAAUAUGGACUGGAGUCAAAGGAGCAGCAAAAGUAGUUGUUGAAACCGUAAAGAAAUGUUCUAUUAUGUAAAAGAAAGUUAACUUCUUUGAAAUGUUUUAACAUUUAUGUGGCUUAAAUUUAUAUAUGUUACAGUGAAUUUGUAUAAUCAGUGAUUAUGUAGAAUCCCUGAAAUUUUCAGGGAUUAUGUAGAAUCACUGGCUAGUUUAGUGAUUAUGUAGAAUCCCUGAAAUUUUCAGAGAUUAUGUAUAAUCACUAGAAAAAAGGUCAGGUAUUCUACAUAAUAACUGAAAUGAAGAAAUAGUUGUAUUUACAAAGAAAGUUAAUAAAAAUAAAAUAAUUUAUUCUAUAAAAUCACAUAAAAACAUCAUAAUAAAGUAACAAAAAUUGAAACAAUAUAUCAAAAUGAUAAACUCAUUUUUUUUUAAAGUUGGGCACACUAUAUUAAAAUGUUAAACACAAUAUCUUAAAAUAUUAUGCUUCACAUCUGUUUCUACCACAAUAUCCACAUUCUAACAUCUUUUUCUUGCACAUAUCGAAUCAGAUUUUAACAACACGCUUAAGAGAAAUAAAAAGUUCAGUAAAAUCAUACAAAGGUACACCCCCCACAAAAAAAAAUAUAAAUUGGAAUUUGCAAUUUAGAACUGGUUCGAGCAAGAAAGAUAAAGAUACCAUUGUUUUGUGGUCAGGCAAUAUCCCUUUUUAGACCGUUUUUUGAAAAUUGCCAUUAUGUUUUUUGGGUUUCCCUUUUCUUUUUUUAUCCUGUCGAAAUUGCUAUGAGAAUAUGCAAGCCUACUCCUAAAGUGUGUUCUACUUGUCAAGUUCUGUCUGUUUUCUAUACAUUUAGAUGCCUAAGUUCUCACAGUUUGAAAUUCUUGCAAAUUGUUCUUUGAAC